AACCACUUUGUUAAUAACCGAUUCGACAUGGAUUGUUUACCCUCGUGUUUCAGAGUGCAGCUCCACGAGUAGACCUAGAACAUUUACUGCUAGCCUUUAUACACAUACCGGUCAAAGGCCUGUAAUUAUACGAGCUUUGUUUUGAAGGAACUAUCCAAACUUGAAGGCAAGGGGCUGUUUAAAAAGAGGAAAGGAACUUCGAGAGAGGUAGCGAGAGAGAAAAGGUGAAGGCUGGAGUGAUAGGAGGGGUAGAGAUAGUACGACCAUGGAUCUAUCAUCAUAUAGUGGUGAUGAUUGGGUAGAUCAUUCAGUACAUGGCAGUGUCUUCUACGAUGGAGUGAAGUUCAACGCCCUGGUCAUCCCGUCUAGCCUCGAGGCUUUGAAGACAUUCGAUGUCAGGGAGGAUGAUAUCUGGAUUAAUACCUACUCAAAGUCAGGAACUCACUGGGCAUCAGAGAUCGUUCAUCUAAUAUUGAACAAUGGUAAUCCUGAGACGAUCGACCGAACGACCACUCAAGGCAAUAUCGAGAUGAUCUACUUCGAGAAAGAUUCUUACGAUGAGGGAAAGACACGACAUCUACCCUUCUAUAAAAUCAUAGAAAGAGCUCCGUCACCUCGUAUUAUACAGACACAUCUACCUGUUAAAUAUCUUCCACCCGGCAUUGAUAACAAGAAGGCUAAAGUGAUCUAUGUUGCUCGGAACCCUAAAGAUGUGAUUACAUCUCUCGGUCGAUUCGUAGGAAAUACUAAGAUGGGUGAUUUCAUUAGGUGGCAAGGCGCUCUCAAGGAAUUCAUGGACGGAACAAGGAGUUAUGGGUCAUGGUUUGAUCACGUGAAGAUAUCGUGGAAUCUACGUCAUCAAGAAAACAGAUUCUUCAUCAAAUAUGAAGACAUGAAAAAGAACCCAUGGGACGCUAUCGAAUCUAUUGCCAAUUUUCUCGCACGCCCUCUCUCGGAGGAUAUCUUAGAGAAGAUCGUAAAAUACAGUUCGUUCAAAGAAAUGAAGAAGACUUAUACCAAGGUCGAGGAAGAGGGGAAAGUAGAACUCGUCAAAGCUAUGGGGAAAUACGCCUAUAUGAAUAAAGGUGUAAUCGCGAGCUGGAAGACCCGGUUCACAGUGAGCGAGAACGAAGAGUUCGACCGCGUCUAUAAGGAGAAAAUGGCUGACACCGACUUACAAUUCGAUUUUGAACAUGGAUUGUUUACCCUCGUGCUUCAGAGUGCAGCUCCACGAGUAGACCUGGAAACAUUUACUGCUAGCCUGUAUACACUAUCAUACCGGUCGAAGAACUGUACGAGCUUUGUUUUGAAGGAACCAUCCAAACUUGAAGGCAAGGGGCUAUUUAAGGAAGAGGAAAGGAACUUGGAGAGAGCCUGGCUAGAGGGAAAAGGUGAAGGCUGGAGUGAUAGGAGGGGUAGAGAUAGUUCGACCAUGGAUCUAUCAUCAUAUAGUCGUGAAGAUUGGGUAGAUCAUUCAGUACAUGGCAGUGUUUUCUACGAUGGAGUGAAGUUCAAUGCCCUGGUCAUCCCGUCUAGCCUCGAGGCUUUGAAGACAUUCGAUGUAAGGGAGGAUGAUAUCUGGAUUAAUACCUACUCAAAGUCAGGAACUCACUGGGCAUCAGAGAUCGUGCAUCUAAUAUUGAACAAUGGUAAUCCUGAGACGAUCGACCGUACGACCACGCAAGGCAACAUCGAGAUGAUCUACUUCGAGAAAGAUUCUUACGAUGAGGGAAAGACACGACAUCUACCCUUCUAUAAGAUCAUAGAAAGAGCUACAUCACCUCGUAUUAUACAGACACAUCUACCUGUUAAAUAUCUUCCACCCGGCAUUGAUAACAAGAAGGCUAAAGUGCUCUACGUUGCACGGAACCCUAAAGAUGUGAUUACAUCUCUCGAUCGAUUCGUAGGAAAUACUGAGAUGGGUGAUUUCAUUAGAUGGCAGGGUGCCCUCAAGGAAUUCAUGGACGGAACUAGGAAUUAUGGGUCAUGGUUUGAUCACGUGAAGACAUCGUGGAAUCUACGUCAUCAAGAAAACAGAUUCUUCAUCAAAUAUGAAGACAUGAAAAAGAGCUCAAGGGACGCCAUCGAAUCUAUUGCCGAAUUUCUUGGGCGCCCUCUGUCGGAGGAUACCGUAGAGAAGAUCGUAAAACACAGUUCGUUCAAUGAAAUGAAGAAGACUUAUAACAAGGUCGAGGAAGAGGGGAAAGUAGAACUCGUCAAAGCUAUGGGGACAUACUCCUACAUGAAUAAAGGUGUAAUCGCGAGCUGGAAGACCCGAUUCACGGUGAGCGAGAACGAAGAGUUCGACCGCGUCUAUAAGGAGAAAAUGGCUGACACCGACUUACAAUUCGAUUUUGAGUAGGCCUUUGGGCAACAAAAUAAUCUCCUAUUUUUAUCAUUAUUCAUGACCAUGGUACCUAUUCUACCUCAGACUCUGGUGAAAAAGCUUAAAUUCGAAGUAGUAGAAUUGGAUAUUGAAGGUAGACUAUCAUGAAAUACUCAAAUUAAUUAUUUAUGCUAACUGCUGUCUAGGAACUUAAUUGUAAUCGAUAAGUUGAAAUCUUAUUUUCCAUCUCAUGUCUUUAGAAUAUUAUAUUCAACUCUGUUUCUACAAUAUUUAAAUUACGGGGUGCUAGCGUGGGGGAAUUGUUCAAAACUAAAAUCGAUUCGAUUUACAUGAUCCAAAAGAGAGCAAUAAGAUUAAUAAAUCUGGCUAA